AUGUCCACGCCCACGAUUAUUGCAACGGAAAAUUUAGCUGAAGAAAUGGAAAGCUGGGGUCUUCACCAUGCAACAUACUGGAGUCGUAACCCAAGCUCUUGGGGUUGCUUGAGCGAUUGGGAUGUUCAAUUUAUUGAGGAAACUCCUGGUUGCACUAGAGACGAAUCACAUCGAAACCUUGGUAUUGAGCUUAAUAUCCUUCUUAAUAAAUUUCCAAGCACAAGUCGACAAUACUCGAAGGCAAACGCGUUGAAAAAGGCUUUGGGGAACUCUGAUGGAGAUUCCGCGAAUAUUUUGUUAUGGGAAAAGCAUCUCGAAGAAUUAAAAUCGAUAGCUAUUUCGGAUCGGGUACAUAGACGCACUAUCAAAAGUAUUACUAUACAAGAAGAAAUUGGACGAGCCGAAGAGCAGAUAUCAGAGAAAUCAAAAAAACAUAAAGCUAGCACGAAAGAAUGUGAGAUAUCAUCUAGUUCUUCCAGCAGUAAAAAUGACGAGAACUACAACAAGCAAGAAGAUGAUGAUGCUAUAAUUAGCGGGAAUGAUUUGAGAGAGGCAUCGGAAUCGAUGGUUGGAAAGGUAAGAACUCCGUUGACAGUAAACAAUAUCGGUCUAGAUCUUGUAGGUUUUUUGUCUAGUAACCAAUGUCUUCGAUCUGAAAAGGCAAACGAUGAACCGCCAAAAACACCUGAACACCAAAUUUAUCAAAAACAAGGUGACUAUUCCAAACCAUUCGCUUCAUGUGAAGAACAAUCUCAUGGAAUUCAUUCUUCGGAGAUUUCUCAAAAUUUGGGCGAUUCAAUUGAGUCAAAUGAUCACGACAGCGAUGAGGAUGAAUUUGGCUUAAAAGAUAUGAACCUCUUCAAACAAAGCAUUGGACAGCUCGAGGAAAUGGAAAUUGAGGUCGGAAAGAUUUUUUCAGAAGAGGAAUUAUCCGAAAUUGUUGAAAAAAAGAAAGAACAAAGUAUACCGGAAAUCGACGAAGAGAUUCUUGAAUACAUCGACACAUUUGCCAAGGAAGAAAUUAUGACCCACAUACUAAUUUUAUUUAUGACUACGGUAACUGAUUGGGUUCGAAUACUUGAGAUGGAACCUAACCCUCUCACUAUGGACAUGCCAGAAGCAUGGCACCGAAUCAAUGUCUGGAGAACGAUCGAUAUAAUGUUUUCCGAUACACCUUAUGUUUAUGUUGUUGGAGGUGAAAAAGCCGGGUUGGCCUGCUCAGAACGGAAAAACCGAUACAGAACCUUAGCAAACAUAGGACCAACCCAACGAAAAAAAAUCGGUAAAAAGGGAGAUGCAUAUGUCAGGACGAUUGGUUCAACAUCAACCGAUUGGGCGGGGUCAGAAGCUGGACAUAAAUGGGAUGGUCCACACGGCACCAAAUUAAUGAAAGAGUCUGGUCUAAGUUUACCGAGAACCCUUAAGGAUAUUUUCGUCCAUCUUGCUGGCAAGAUUGAUUUUGAAGAACAAAAAAUGAGAAAGCUGAACAUAAUUGGCUUUAUUCAUGCAGGUGCGGUGUUGAUGAGAGUCAGUCUUGAUUGCCCGGCCGGGUACAUUUGCCGGUACACCAGGAGAAAUCUAUUAGAAGUCUACGCGGAUGUAAACAACUUCGGAAGAUCUUUAGAUGUGUUAGUUGAAAUAAUACAUGCAAAGUUUUUAAUCCUACAAACGAUGAAGAUUGUGAAUGAUCUAGACGAUAAUAGUAAUGUUUCAAGAUGGAAACAGCAGAUAAAAUCAAAUUCAAAACGAUCUCUUGAUAUGCCUGAUGUCCAUCCAACACCAAAGAAACAAAGAAACGCAAAGACAAAGAGGUAG